AUGAAUACAAAUUCAUUUACAUCUGAUUCCGCUGGAGUUUCAUCUUCAAAUCCAUUUCUUUCAAUAUCAGAUUCAUCAAAUCUGAUAUCUAGUUCAAAUAAUAAUAAUAAUGAUCAAACAUCAACGAAAUUAAAUCGACGUUUUUCAUGUACUGUUUGUAAUAUUGAUUUAGGAAAUCAGAAACAUUUUAAUUCACAUUUGAACAGUCGACAACAUCAACAAGCUCAAAGUAUUCACGAUGUAUUACAAUCAGUUGCACCUGAAUAUCGUCCGGCAUAUAAAGCAAUGUUUUCACCUGAAAUGCUCAAUAAAAAAGUAUUUAAUCGUGAAUUAUUAUGUGAAAAACAAAUUAAAGAAACAAAAGAACCUUUAUUAGGAUUAAAUUGUAUUAUCGAAUUCCAAUUUGAAAAUUCAACUAAUUCUGCUCAAUAUAUAUGUGAAUUAUGUCAUUGUAAAUGUUCAUCACAAUCAAUUCUAUCUCAUAUAACAAAUAUUCAACAUCAACGAAAAUUUUUGAAAAUUCAUCAUCCAGAUAUGUAUCAACGUGUGCUAACAGCAUCAAAUAUUCGUUCUGAACAACAACGUUUAAUUGAAAAUUAUGCUAAACAAAUACAAUCAAGACAUGGCGGUCCAGGCAGUGUUCAAUUACAUAUUCAACUCGAUUCAUUUAUUGGACAAAAACCAAUUGUACUUGCUGUUACAUUUCAAAAUCAUAAUGGACAAAAUUCUAAAGAACAAAAAAUCUUAUCGAUACAACUAACAUCUAAAACUUUUGAAGAAUAUGACUAUAGAUAUGAAAAUGAACCAAAUAUCAAAAAUGAACAAUUUACAUCCGAAAUGAUAGAAAAUAAUCAUGAAGAUUCAGUUCAACGUGGUUUAACUCCAGAAGAUUUACUCUAUCCAUUUGAUAGACAGUUCUGGUAUCAAAAUUAUAAAGAUCUUCUAGAAUCUCGUCCAAUUGAUCCACAUUCAGUAACAUAUCAAGAAAUAAUACCGGAAACGACUAAUUUACAACCAUUUCAAAAUAUAUCAGACAAUACACAUUCCUCUCCUUUAUCUAUUAUUGCCAAUGAAAAUUAUAUAACGCUUGAAAAUGGUCAAACCAUUCGUCGUAAUACUAGUCAACCAUCAAAUCGUCGUGUUAUACUUGAUACAAAUCGAAUACCAACACUAACGGAUACUGGUAUAUUACGGAUAUCACCGACGAAACAUAAACCAAAUUUUGAUGGUUAUACAUUAUUGAAUGAACAACAAAAGAAAACAAAUGGAACAAAUGCUGUACUUAAUGAGCAAUCAGCACGUGCUAUAUUAGCAGCAAGUGGACUUCUACAAUCGGAUGAAGAGGAUGAAGAUAUGAAUCUAUCGAUAAAAAAAACGAAUGAUGAAUUAAAUAAAAGAUCUGAACAAAGUGUUUCACCAUUAAUUGCUAAACGAAUGCUUGAUGCCGUUUUAAAUGGUGAUUUAGAUGUUGCACAUAUUCAACCAUAUUUUUCAACAUUUGUCAAUUUAAUACAAUCUGGACAAGUUGAAUUAGAACGUCAUCAAGCUGAAAGAUUAUUACAUAAAGUUUUAGUCACAUCAUCUACAUCUUCGUCACCGACGGUGGCAAUAACCGAGCCAGUAACAAAUAGUAACAAACGAACACGAUCAGAUAGUCAUUCGAGAGAACGUCGUUCUUCAUCAACAACUAGACAUCAUCAUUAUCCUAAUCAUGAAUAUCAUUCACCAAUAGAAUCUAAUACAAAAAAAUAUUCAUCAUCAUCAUCAUCAUCAUCAACAACAACAACAAAACGUAUUCAUGUGAAAAACGAGAAUAAAACAACAAAUGGAAAAUAA